AUGCUCCUGCUCUGGUUCCUCACGUAGAAGCCGUAUUUCGUGUUUUAAAUGGCUGGGCUAUGCAACUGCAACAAAAUCUGUGUUAUCAUAAUGAUGGAUGUCCUGUAAAUCUUCUUCCACACAUGAGUGUUAAUAUGAACAACUUUGAGCUCGCAUCCACGUCAGGGAAAUAUGCAAUUUUAACAGAAAGGAAUAAUACUCCAUUCGAGACGAAUGCUCCGCAAAGCCGCCCUUUGCGGCGUCUUUGGACCUACCUGGUCAAUCAAAGGCAUCUUCAGAAAGUAUUCCUAUGGCAUAUUUUUCCACUGAUUCCGCAACAAGAACUGCUGAAAGAACGAAAUCACAUGGCGACAUGUGAUGAAUCGCUACCUGAAGCAUUCAAAAUUGUCCAUAAAGACCACGAACCGAUUAUUGCAUUUGCAUGUAGUCAGGAAAAGCCAGGAUGGCUGGCUCUAUCAACUGGAAGAGAAUUGCAAGAAAUGGAUAUUUCUGAUGCAUUCGAAGAGCCGAGAAAUGCGUCGUCAUCGUCUUCUAGUCACGCAGAAUUGGUUGUUUUGCUAGCGUCUAAGGAACUGCCAUUGUUUAUGAAUGCUUCAGGUUCCUUCAAUAUCAUAUCGACGUGA